AACUAUGAGGUACAAGAUAAUUAAAGGUAAAUUAAUAGUCUAAAAGUAGUUUAGAGAAGUCCAUGAAGGAAUUCCUACUAUCUAUUACCAUAACUGAUAUUCCUUCUGUUCUAUUUUACCUGCAUGCUCCUAACAGCAUUUGGAUAUAAUGACAGAUUAAACGUGGAAAGAGGCUGCCUUAACAGUUCUUGAGAAAGAUAAUUAUCUGGAUUAAAGUGAUCGGGUAAUAUCCUAUUCGAUGGCUCAAGAUCUUUGGAACAAUGUUGAAUUCACCACUGAACCUCAUAAGCAAAAAGAUGAUGAAGCUGUUUAAAAGGAUUAGAGCAACAAGAAUUUUAUGGCUUCACAGGUUAUUCAAAAUUCGUCCGGGCUGGACACAGUUAUUGAGAUUGAGGAGAUUAAUUCUACAAAUAUUGCUCGGAAUACUUUGGUAGAAGAGCGUAAGAUGCCCAACAAUAUUAACACAGGGAGGGACAACAAUGGACAUUUUGAUCAAUAUAAAGAAUUUGUUAAGGAUGUGCAACGUGGAGAUUGGUACGAUAUAAGGAAGUUCCUUGAGCAGCAUCCCAACGCAUUGAAUGAGAAGAUCACAGCUCAGGGCAAGACAGCUCUUCACAUUGCUGUUGCUUCGGGACAUGAUGAUAUAGUGGAGAAGCUGGUAUAUAAAAUGUCGGAAGAAAGCUUGGAAAUACAAGAUAAUGAUGGUUGGACAGCUCUAGCUGAGACAGCUUUUGCUGGUAACUACCGGAUGGCAGUGUGCAUGUAUACAAAGAAUUACAAGCGCUUGGCCAGCAUUGGAAACGUGGAUGGACGUCUUCUGGUUGUUCUCGCUGUUGAAGGUGGUUAUAAAGAAUUGGCUUACUAUCUCUAUUCUCGCACUCCGCGGGAAGAUCUAAAAGGCAUCAAUGGUGCUACACUUUGUACGAAGGCUAUAUAUACCCGGACGUUAGCUAUUGCUUUGGAUUUACUCGACAAUGAUCGACAUUUGGCUCUUGCUCCAGACAAAGAGAAUGUCUCCCCUUUGUAUGCCUUGGCUUCUACACCUAACGCAUUCCCAAGUGAAAAUCAGCUUGUGUUUUGGAAACGAUGGAUCUACAAAUACUGUUAGUAUCACUCUCUUGUUUCUUUUCAUUAAAUUGCUCUGGUAUUAUGCAUGCACACAUAGAAUAUAUAUUAAUUUAAUUCUAUAAUUAGGAUUACGUACGUUACAUAUAACACCAUCCAAAUGUACAGAUGUUUCCCCAAAUAUCCAAAAUUGAACAAAAUGUUUCCUGUAAAAGGUUUUACACCCAAACAAAAUCUCUAUCACACUUUUUAUUAAAGUAAUGAUUAUGUAAUUAAAUUUAUCUAUUCCUAUCAGCUUAAGCUUUUAGGAUAACUGGUAAUUUAAAUCACCCCAUCUAAAUUAAAUAUUCCACGUGUUGAAUCUGACCUAUAAUUAAAAGGAA